GUGCAAAAGGGUAUUGUUGCUGACCCGGCGCUUCAAGCGGAAUGGUCGAUGAAAAAGCUGGUGUGGGUGCCACACGAAACCGAAGGCUUUGUUGCCGGAAGCAUCAAAGAGGAUCGAGGAGAUGACGCUGUUGUUGAGCUUGUCGAUAGUGGCAAGCGACUGACAUUAAGUAAGGAUGAUUUACAAAAGAUGAAUCCACCAAAAUUCGAUAAAGUGGAGGAUAUGGCCGAGCUGACAUGCCUCAAUGAAGCCUCAGUACUUCACAAUCUUCGGGAGCGCUAUUUUUCAUCUUUAAUUUAUACGUAUUCCGGCUUAUUUUGUGUUGUGAUCAAUCCUUACAAGAAACUUCCGAUUUAUUCCGAGACACUGAUUGAGGCAUUCAAAGGAAAGAAACGCCAUGAAAUGCCGCCGCACAUCUUCGCAAUUGCAGAUACUGCGUAUCGGUCAAUGCUUCAAGAGCGCGAGGACCAGUCGAUUCUUUGCACGGGAGAAUCGGGCGCCGGAAAGACAGAAAAUACCAAAAAAGUUAUUCAGUAUCUGGCUUAUGUGGCUGGUGCAACCAGACAGAGCAAGAUCACUUCUCCAUCUAAGCAACAGCAGCAGAAGCAGCAUCAUCAUCACCAUCUCGAAAAUGUUAUCGGUGAGCUGGAACAUCAGCUUCUGCAAGCUAAUCCAAUACUUGAAGCAUUUGGCAACAGCAAAACUGUUAAGAAUGACAAUUCUUCGAGAUUCGGGAAAUUCAUCAGGAUUAACUUCGAUAUGUCUGGAUACAUCUCUGGCGCAAAUAUUGAGUUUUACUUGCUGGAAAAAUCGCGCACUUUACGUCAAGCGGCCGACGAGCGAUCAUUUCAUAUAUUUUAUCAGUUUUUACGUGGCACGUCUGCUACCGAGAAAGGGAAUUUCCUACUGGAGGAUGUGGAUAAAUAUCGCUUCUUAAACAACGGUUAUAUCAAUCUUCCAAACGUUGAUGAUGCUAAUGAGUUCCAUAAUACCGUUCGCUCGAUGAAGAUUAUGGGUUUUCAAGAAGAGGAAAUCACAUCGGUUUUGCGGCUAGUUUCGGCUGUUCUACUUUUUGGGAACAUGGAGUUUUUCCAGGAGAAAAAAUCGGAUCAGGCCAUUCUUCCUGACGACAGAGUUGCGCAGAAACUCUGUCACCUUCUGGGUCUUCCACUGGUCGAUUUCACGAAAGCUUUUUUGCGUCCUCGCAUAAAAGUUGGUCGAGAAUUUGUGCAUAAGGCGCAAAGCAAGGAACAGGCCGAGUUCGCCGUGGAAGCAAUAAGCAAGGCGUGCUAUGAGAAAAUGUUUCGGUGGUUAGUGGGCCGUUUGAAUAAGUCUUUGGAUCGGACUCGUCGACAGGGCACUUCGUUUAUUGGCAUUCUGGAUAUUGCUGGGUACCACUGCUCUCUUUUUGCAUUCUCUUGCCCAACAGCAAUGCAAAUAACGAACUUUGAUUUUAGAUUCGAGAUUUUCGAGUUGAAUUCGUUCGAGCAACUCUGCAUCAAUUAUACGAACGAGAAGCUGCAGCAGCUCUUCAACAAUACCAUGUUCAUCUUGGAGCAGGAGGAGUACCAGCGUGAGGGCAUCGACUGGAAAUUCAUUGAUUUCGGCCUCGAUUUACAGCCCACUAUCGAUCUCAUUGAAAAGCCGAUGGGAAUUCUCGCAUUGCUGGAUGAGCAGUGUUUGUUCCCUAAAGCAACUGAUAAAUCGCUAGUAGAGAAAUUACUCGUCAAUCAUGCAAAGCACCCGAAAUUCGUCAUUCCGGAAAUGCGUGCUAAGUCCGAUUUUGCCGUCAUCCACUAUGCUGGCAGGGUGGAUUAUUCGGCUGAUCAGUGGCUUAUGAAAAAUAUGGAUCCACUGAACGAAAAUGUCGUUGCUCUGUUCCAGAACUCCUCCGACCCAUUUGUGGUCAGCAUCUGGAAGGAUGCGGAGUUUGCCGGUAUUUGCGCAUCUGAGUACAGCGAAACAGCAUUCGGCGUGCGCACCAAAAAGGGAAUGUUCCGGACAGUGAGCCAAAUGCACAAGGAGCAGUUGACGCGGUUGAUGACCACCUUACGCAACACGAACCCUCAUUUCGUUCGAUGCAUCAUACCAAAUCACGAGAAGAAAGCAGGCAAAAUCUCAUCGCUACUCGUUUUGGAGCAGCUGCGCUGCAAUGGCGUUUUAGAAGGAAUCCGAAUUUGUCGACAAGGAUUUCCGAAUAGAGUGCCUUUUCAAGAAUUUCGGCAUCGCUAUGAAAUACUCACGCCAAAUGUUAUUCCGAGAGGAUUUAUGGAUGGAAAAGAAGCCGUAAGGAAAAUGAUUGAUGCUCUGGAACUGGAGAGUAAUUUGUAUCGCAUUGGUCAGUCGAAGAUAUUCUUCCGGGCUAGCGUGCUGGCGCAUCUCGAAGAGGAGCGCGACUUGAAGCUUACCGAUCUGAUCGUCUCCUUCCAAGCUCAGUGUCGCGCCUUUCUUGCUAGGCGCCUCUACCAAAAACGCAUGCAGCAGUCCAACGCAAUACGCGUUUUGCAACGAAAUGGUCUGGCAUGGCUUAAACUCAGAAACUGGCAGUGGUGGAGGCUGUUUACUAAGGUGAAACCACUACUGCAAGUGACGAACCAGGAAGCAGCGAUUGCCUUGAAGGAGGAGGAGCUGAAGGUGGUCAAGGACAAGCUGAAUAAGAGGGAGAUCGAGUUUGGCGAAAUUGAGAAACGCCUCAAACAGCUUACCGAAGAAAGGAAUGUCCUUCAGGAGCAGCUGCAGCAGGAGAGCGAGGAGCGAGCAGAAAUUGAAGAAAUGCGCGAAAGAUUAUCUUCGAAGAAAGUAGAACUCGAGGAUAUGCUUACCGAACUCAACUCCAAAUUGGAUGAAGGCGAGGAACAGGUCGAAAAAUUGUCGGAAGAAAAGAAGAAACUGCAGGAGACGGUGCGCGACUUGGAGGAGCAGCUGGAGGAGGAAGAGCAGGCACGCCAGAAGCUUAUGCUUGAUAAAGUGAGUGUGGAUCAGAGGUGGAAGAAACUGGAGGAGAAGCACGCUGAGCUCGCCGAUUCGUACGAAAAGCUGCUAAAAGAGAAGAAGAACGUAGAAGAACGAGCAGCACAGUUAUCGAACCAUCUGUUGGAAGAGGAAGAGAAGGCGAAGCACGUGGGAAAGCAGCGCUCACGCAUCGAGAUGCAGCUGCAGGAGCAUGAGCAGGAACUGAAGAAGGAGAAACAGGCAAGGACUGAAGCGGAGCGUCUCAAGCGGAAGCUCGAAGUAGAAAUGGAGGAGCAGAAGGAUUUGCUUAUGGAGAAAAGGAACAAACUGGAAGAACUGAAUUCACUACUCAGUAAACGUGAAGAAGAAUUGAGCGUACUUUUAACAAAGUCGGAUGAAGACAGUGCCAACAAUGUUAGUUUGCAAAAGCAGAUUCGCGAACUGGAAUCUUCGCUCGAAGAACUGAAAGAAGACCUUGAGAACGAAAAGGUAAUGAGGGAGAAAGCGGAGAAGAGCCGUCGAGAUCUGAAUGAUGACCUGGAGACGCUGAGAACUGAAUAUCUGGAGGCGGCAGACAAAACAGCUGUUUCACUGGAAAUACAAAAGAAAAAAGACGAGGAGCUCAAAGAACUGAAGCGCGCUUUGGAAUCAGCGCAUACAGCGAAUGAUACGAGAGUAGAAGAGCUGAAGCAGAAAUAUCAGAAACAAAUUGAGGAACUGAGCGAGCAGGCCGAACAGCAGAAGCGGAUACGUUUACAAGUGGAAAAGACGAGGAAUUCGUUGGACGCAGAGAAAGCAUCAUUAGCCAGCGAGCUGGCAGUUGCGCAGACGGCCAGGACUGAGGCCGAUAAGAAGCGGAAGCAAGCUGAAGCGGCAUGUGUUGAGCUGAACGCACGCAUCGCAGAGCUCGAUUCCGCAAAAUCGGCGCUUACGCAGCAUCUUGCGAAAGCACAAAGUGAACUGGAUACAGUUGUGAAGCAGAAGGAGGAGGACGAACAAAACGUUUCGGCGCUGCAGCGAAGGAUGGCACUGUGUGAGCAGCAGCUUGCUGAAGUGCAGGAUCAGCUGCAACAGGAAACCAAGAAUAAGCUGGCGAUGCAGACCAGAGUACGGCAGCUGGAGGACGAUCUGGCUGAGUCGCAUGAAGUGCGCGAAGAGAUGGCGCUAAAACGGAAAGAACUUGAGGGGGUGAUCGAUUUCUCUCGUACUUACUGUAGUUUUGUCAAGUCCUUUCUGGGGAGUGUUGUCGGAAAUGCUCAGCUCGAUUCCGCGCGAUUAGCAUUAGCGGAAGCUCGGAAGAAAGCGGAGGAUGGAGUUCUGCAGCAAACGGAGGAACUGAAGAAGAAGACGCAGAGAGAUCUCGAAGCGGUCCAGAAAACACUGGCGGAAACAGAGGUGGCGCGUGAUCGCGCAGAACGCUCCAAGCGGAAGCUGCAGCAAGAAGUAGAAGAUGCUAACAUCGAAUUAAGCAGUGUGAGAACUGCCUGUCGUGAACUGGAGAAGAAGCAGCGGAGAUUUGAUCAACAACUAGCAGAAGAGCGAGCUAACCUUCAAAAGAUUGUGAAUGAACGUGAUGCUCUUGGGCAAGAGUCGCGUGACAGGGAGACCCGAAUUCUAUCGCUUAAUAACGAGCUUGAUGGCUUGCGCUCUCAGCUUGAAGAAUCCGAACGCGUAAAGCGUAUGUUGCAAAUAGAACUUGAUGAGUCGAUGUCCUCAAAAGAUGAUGUUGGCAAAAAUGUGCAUGAGCUGGAAAAAACAAAACGACAGUUAGAGACGGAAUUGCAAGAGCAGCGAGCACAGAUUGAAGAACUUGAAGAUGCUGUGCAAAUUGCUGAAGACGCACGACUACGUUUGGAUGUCAUCCUUCAGCUGGAAAAAACAAAACGACAGUUAGAGACGGAAUUGCAAGAACAGCGAGCACAGAUUGAAGAACUUGAAGAUGCUGUGCAAAUUGCUGAAGAUGCACGACUACGUUUGGAUGUCAUCCUUCAGGGACAGAAAAACGAGCAUGAAAGACUACUAGCAGCGAAAGAACAGGAAAGCGAAGAAAAGCGUCGCUCGUUGCUAAAGCAAAUAAGAGAUCUCGAAAAUGAAUUGGAAAAUGAACGCCGCUCUAGAACUGGUGCUGUUUCGAAUAAAAAGAAAAUUGAAUCCCAGCUGGCAGAAUUGGAGCAGAAACUGGAGCUUGCAAAUAGACUAAAGGAUGACUACUGCAGGCAGUUCAAGAAAUAUCAGCAAAUUGCCAAGGAUGUGCAGCAUGAUAGCGAGGAGGCUAGGCAGUCCAAAGAAGAGCUUGCGAAUGCGUUACGAGAAAUGGAGCGGAAGUUUCGCACAGUCGAUGCAGAAAAUGCUCAGUUACUGGAAGCCAAUGAGACCUUGAUGAACCAGAAGAGGCAGCUGGAGGCAGAAAAAGACGAACUGGAAGAUGCGAAGAGCCGUGGCGGUGGCAUGAACGUUGAUGAGCGCAGGAGACUUGAAGCCAAAAUUGCAGCUUUAGAAGAGGAAGUGGAGGAGGAACAGAGUCUGGCUGAAUUAGCGCUUGAUAAGCAAAGAAAAGCACAGAUACAGCUGGAUGCUGAAAAACAAGCGAUGGAGCGCACAAAUCGUGAACUUAAGAACAAAGUGUCUGAGCUGGAAGCAUCUGCGCAGAGUCGUUCCAGGGCGCAGAUAGCUGCGCUUGAAGCUAAAAUUCAGUAUUUGGAGGAGCAGUACAAUGUUGAGAGUCAAGAACGUGCGAAUGCUACGCGUCAGAUAGCUGCGCUUGAAGCUAAAAUUCAGUAUUUGGAAGAGCAGUACAAUGUUGAGAGUCAAGAACGUGCGAAUGCUACACGUCAGUGGUUGAGCAAGUAUGCUAUCACUUAUUUUAUUUGCCUUCAGUAUCGGCGUAUUGAGAAGCGUUUCGCGGAUGCGAUACUUCAGCUUGAAGACGAACGCCGAAAUACGGAGCAAAACAAGGAACAGGCGGAUAGAGCAAAUACGCGUGCAAGGCAGAUUCGUCGGCAGCUAGACGAAAUGGAGGAAGAGCUGAUACGGGAACGGACGAAAGCGCGGAAUCUGCAGCGGAUGAUUGAUGAUUUAAAUGCAGCAAAUGAUACUCUGGCUCGUGACAACACGAAUUUGCGAGUGCAGCGCCGUCCUGUCCGUGACACGUUGCUGGGUGGUCGACGCGUGCAUCUGCGAAACAAUAGUCCGCAUGAUGAUUUAGAUAGCAUUGGAACUGAAGGUAUUCGCUUCGACUCUUUUCACUGCUAA